ACAAAAGUGGUUUGGUUCUAACGUAGGCUUCGUGUAGAAAUUGUUUAAAAAAAAUAGAUUCAAGUGAAAAUUAACUAACGGUCAUGAAAAAAGCCUUGGUAGACAUUAAAAAAUUCUUAUAAGUUUUUCAUAAUGAUUUACAUAAUAUUAGGCUCUUACAUAAUUAUUUGUAAAUACCAACUAACGUAAAGUUCAGAAAAGCUGUCAACUUUUUUACUUAUUGAUUUCACGUUCAAAAUGUUUGACCGGUGUUUAAUAAUUUUGUUUAUUUUUGGGUCACACAAUGUCGUGGUUGGGGGACAAGGACAGACUACAACAACAACAACUAGCCUUCCAACAUCAACGUCAAUGACAAUAUCCUCACGGCCGACAACAACGGAGAAAAUAGUAGGAGACUACGAUUAUGACCUAGAAUGUGCCUUCGACGUUUAUGGUUUCUGCGCGUGGAAGAACGAUCCAAAAGCAAACCACUCUUGGCGUCUAAACCCUUUGUAUGUUUAUGGCUCUAUGCAGUCGGGAGACCCGUUUAUUUUCUUCAACGAGCCGUCUACGCGGGGAAACAGUUCAGUUCGGUUAAUUUCUCCACUUUACAGUCGGACUUUAGACGAAGAUGGCUGUUUCGCUACAGCCUUCAAAAUGUACACAAAUCCACAAACAAGCUGUACCGUCGGAAUCCGGAUAUACCAAAAGCCGGAUUAUUUAGCCCUAGAAGAUUUACUUGAGUACAGUGACGAGGAGAAAGAGUAUUAUAUUUUGUAUGAGGUUUGGGGAGAUUGGGGAGAUUAUUGGUAUGAAAAAGAGUCGACGCUGAAGCAGUUUGAUAAAAACUUUCAGAUCAUUUUAGAGGGCAUUUUCGGUGAAGAUCCUAUGUACAUAGCAAUAAGCCACGUCUCCAUAAUGCAGAGAAGUGGUUGCAAUGAUAAUACUCCGACACCUAGACCCAAUACCAGGACUUCAACAACAACGUCUACUACAACGUCGACAACAAUACCGUCGACAACAACAAUGUCGACAACACCAAUAUCAACAACAGCAAUGCCGACAGCAACAACGCAAAAACCAUUAGGAAUAGGAUUUGGAUCAUUCGAUGAGUUCAGAUGUCAUUUCAACAAUGUUGAUUUUUGCGGUUGGAAGAAUGACCCAGGGGCGGACGAUGAAUGGUUCCUUAGUACUAAUGAUAAAAAUUUUGAGGACUAUGCGUAUUCGGGAGAAGGGUCUGAGUGGUACAUUUACUUCAACAAGGCGUCGUUAUCAGGGAACGGCACAGUUCGUCUGAUUUCUCCACUUUACAGUCGUGAUCUAGAAGGCAGUUGUUUCCAUUUCUCUUAUAGAAUUCAUACAAAGUCACAUGGCAGGUCUACCGGUAUCCGAGUAUACCUCAAGCCGGAGUAUCUGGCUCUUGAAGAUUUACUUGCAUACAACUAUGAGGAGAAAAAGGAUUUUGUUCUUUAUGAUAUCUGGGGGGACUUUAGCGAAGAGCAAUACUGGAGCUGGAAUAACACAAAGAUGGUGAAUGUUGAUUACAACUUUCAGAUUAUAAUUGAAGGCAUUUACGGUCAAGAUAAUAUAUAUAUGGCACUAGAUAAUCUCAUAAUAUUUGGGUAUCCUGACUGCACUCCAUCAGUGGCCCGUACAACUAGCUCUUCAACAACAACGUCGACAACGUCAACAACAACAACGCCACGGCCGACAACAACGACACCACCGCCGACGAAGGAAGGACCACUAGGAGUUACAGGUGAGGAACAACAUUCUUUGAGUUGUGAUUUCGAGGAAUGGGGUCUCUGCGGAUGGAAAAAUUACCUGAGGGCGAUCGGAUUUUGGGGAAAAGUUAGUAACCUCGCCUUUUCAGAUCCCGACAACAAGUUCCUGAGUGCUGACAUGCCUCCGUACACCGCCGUACACCACCAGUACAUAAACAGAACAGCUCUUUUGAUAUCUCCACUUUACAGUCGUGGUCUAGAAAGAAACGGCUGUUUCUACUUCAGCUAUAUCAUGUUUAUAAUUUAUUCACAUGACAGCUUCCUUGGUAUCCGAGUAUACCAAAAGCCGGAGUAUCUAGCCCUUGAAGAUUUAGUGGCAUUCAGCGAUGAGGCGAAAAAGGAUUACAUUAUUUUUGAGAUGUUGAAAGCGUCGCCAUGGUCGCCGUCACCGAGCUGGAAUGGCCAAGAGUCACCUCUGAAGCACUUCUAUGAUAACUUUCAAAUCAUCAUAGAAGGGACCUUCACUGAAGGUGUGACUGAUCGUAUGAUAGCAAUAGACAACGUCGCCAUACGUCAGGGGAGUCAAUGCACUGCUACAACUAGCACCUCAACAACAACGACGACAACAACAACAACAACAACAACGCCAUGGCCGACAACAAAAACAACCUUUACGCCGACAACAACGCAACAACUACAUGGCGGACUGGAUUCAAGAUAUACCCAACUGAUAUCUAUAAUAAUAGCUGUCCUGGGGAUAGUCGUGUUGACACUGAGUUGCAUCCUCGUGGUUGUACUAGCGCGGCAACGUGGCACAUACAGAUUAAAUGCCCUGCGGGCGAACGUUGUGGGCACAUCGCCUCACGAUUUUGAGCAAGAAACUAAACCACCAGAUGUGCGAUUUUCAACUAAGGAUGGAGAUGAAGUCAUCAUACAUUGCAAUAAAUCUAAUCAACUAGAAGAUCACAAUCAGGGAAUAGAGAGACCUUCCAACAUCAACAUCGGUGACAACAUCCUCACGGCCGACGACAACAACAACAACAAUCCCACGGCCGACAACAACAACAUUCUUACCAACAACGACGGAACGACCACUUGGAGUUCACGAUCCAAACGGUCUGGAAGUCGUCAUGCCAGAACAGACAUCGAAACUCGGGAACAGAACAGCUCGUUUGAUUUCGCCCCUAUACAGUCGUUUGUUGGCAUCCGAGUAUACCAAAAGCCAGAAUAUGUGGCUCUGGAAGAUUUAGUUGAAUACAGCGAUGAGGCGAAAAAAAAUUAUAUUCUUUUUGAGAACUGGGGUGAGUUAGAAUGGUGGGCCAAGCACGAGCAAGAGUUAAGGCUAAAGCACUUCCAUGACAACUUUCAUAUCAUCAUUGAAGGGAUUUUCAUUGACGGUCCCAGGCGCAUAGCAGUAGACUUCGUCGAAGUACUUCUAGGCAGUCUGUAUUGUAGUGCAACUACAACUAGCACUUCAACAACAACGUCGAUAACAAUGUCCCCACGGCCGACAACAACGACAUUCUCACCGCCGACGACGAAGGAACGACCGCGCGGAGCUUCCGAUUCUUUGAGUUGUGACUUCGAUAGCAGCGAUCUGUGCGGAUGGACGAACGACACGAGGGCGAUCGGAAGAUGGAUACGAGGCAUUUAUUCUUACAACUCAGUGCAGCUGGAAGUCGUUAUGCCGGAAGAGACGUCGCAGCUCAGCAACAGAACAGCUCGUUUGGUUUCUCCUCUUUACAGUCGAGAUCUAGAGAGAAACGGGUGUUUCUACUUCAGCUAUCAAAAGUGUCAAUGUUCAUACAAGUAUUUUGAUAGUAAUGCCAUGCCUACCGGUCUCCGAGUAUACCAAAGGCCCGAGUAUCUGGCACUUGAAGAUUUAGUUGCAUACAGCGAUGAGGCGAAAAAGGAUUAUAUUCUUUAUGAGAUUUGGAGAGAGCUGGAUAUGUGGGAUUGGAAUUGGAAAGAGUUGACGCUUAGGCACUUCGAUGACAACUUCCAGAUCAUCAUAGAAGCGAUUAUCGUUGAGGGUGACAGGCAUAUAAUAGUAGCUGAAGUCGACCUACGUCAGGGGAGUGAGUGUAGUGCAACUACUACCGUGGACCCUACAACUAGCACUUCAACAACAACGUCAACAACUACUAAAUCCCCACGUCCGACAACAACAACAUUCCCGCAGCCAACGGCAACAACAUUCCCGCAAUCAACGAGAACAACAUUCCGGCAGUCAACAACAACAUUCCCGCAGUCAACCACAGCAACAUUCCCGCUGCCAACCACAACAACAUUCCCGCUGCCAACCACAACAACAUUCCCGCUGCCAACUACAACAACAUUCCCGCUGCCAAUCACAGCAAUAAUUCCGCAUCCGACAAUAAAACCAUUCUCGCCGCCGACAUCUACACAACGACAACGAGCGAAUUCUGAAACCAAUUCAAGAGAUAGCCAACUGACAUCUAUAAUAGCUAUCCUGGGAAUAGUCGUGUUGACACUUGUUUUCAUCCUCGCGGUUGUGCUAGUGCGGCAACGUGGCACAUACAGAUUAAAUGUCCUGUGGGCGAACAUUAAGGGCACAUCAUUCCGUGAUGUUGAGCAUGAAUCGAAAUCUUUGGCGCGAUAUUCAACUAAAGAUGGAGAUGAAGUCUUCAUACAUUGUAAUGAAGCUACAGAAUGGUCACAAUCAGAAUAUAAAUAGAUAGGGCUGAAGGUACAGACACACAGGAAGGUACAGAAACAGAUUUUGUUGCAACUGACUGUUUGGCAAGAUGAUCAACCAAUCGAAACGCACUUCGUCCUUCAGU